UGCAGCAACAAACAUCAGCAACAAGCGUUGGCAACACAAGCUAGCUUAGCCGUAGCUCACCAAUGGGUUUAGUUUUUCUUGAGCAACAGCGCUACAUAAAUUAAAUCAUCUUACGUCUUCGUCGGCGAUAUGAACUCGCAGUUCUUGUAAACUUUCAUUGAUGCGAGCCCUUCUUUUUUUCUCAACCAGAGGUUUCCUUAUCUGCCAAAACAGUCUGACCCCACUGCAGUCAUCCACUCUGUCCUGGCCGUUUGUGCUGCUGCUGCUGAUGGGGGCCAUGUUGGUGGAGUUUAACCCAGGCGCUGCCAGGAGCCAACUGGACUGGAGCGGCGAGGCGGCUUUUCCCUGAGACCCACACAGUGCUUGUUCGUCAGAGAAGACGCUCUUCUGAGGUCACCGAGCCCCGGGGGCGAGCCUGGUCCGGCACUAUAUAAUCUUCCCGGUCCGGUGGACGAAACCAGCGUACUGAAUCAGACAGGAGACAAAGCAAGCACACACUGAACAAACAGACAUGGUGAAGAUCACUUUCCAGCCAGUGUCGGCGCAGAAGCCAGAAAAAGACAACGAUGAGGACAAGAUCAUCUUUCCUCAGGCUCACGGGCAGACGGUUCAUCCAGUCAGGCCCAAGAAGCCUUUUCCAACCGGCCUGUGCUGCCUCGCCUUCGGCCUGGCGGUUUUUCUGUUAGGACUGGUGUUGGCAUCUGUCUUUAUCUAUCGCCACUACUAUAUACCUCAGCAGAUUCCAGAAGACAGCUUGUUCCACUGUCGGGUUAUCUUCGAGGACUCGGUGUACGCUCCUCUGAGGGGGCGGCAAGAACUCGAGGAAAAUGUCGGCAUCUACCUUGACGACAACUACGAGCAGAUCAGCGUACCCGUGCCACGUUUUGGUGGCAGCGAUCCUGCCGAUAUCAUCCACGACUUUCAGAGGGGCCUCACAGCUUAUCAUGACAUCGCCUUGGACAAAUGCUACAUCACCGAGCUGAACACGACCUUAGUGAUGCCACCACGCAACCUGUGGGAGCUGCUCGUCAAUGUCAAGAGAGGGACAUACCUUCCUCAGACGUACAUCAUCCAGGAGGAGAUGGUGGUGACGGGGAGGGUGAGGAACAUGAGGCAGCUGGGCCCCUUCAUUCACAGGCUCUGUUACGGCAGAGAAACCUACCGCCUCAAACGUCGCAGCCAGCGCCAACGUAUUGAAAGGCGUGAGACUAAGAAGUGUCACAACAUACGCCACUUUGAGAACACUUUUGUGGUCGAGACUGUCAUCUGUGACCGGUUCUAAAUCUGAGGUGGAAAUCACAGCCAUCCAACACUGAAGCCAAUUUAAACCAUACCUCUUGAAUUCCUUAAGCGUUAAACUGCACUUUAAGAGCAAGCCUUUGUCUCGUUGUUUGAGUUUCACUUCCAGUUUGGAUGAUUUUGUCUAAACUUUAAGAGGCUUUUUCUUUUUUUUUUUUUUUUUUCCCUUUAUUUUUAAUGUUCGUGUACUAUGUUAGUGUCUUUUUUAAUUUAAAUGUAUACCUGGAUGAUGUUAUAGACGUGUUUAGAUUUAUCUGUAGCUUGUCAUAUUGUGCAGAAGAUGUUAACCUGUGUAAGUUUGUGACAUUUACAUCAAUGGUUUUGAUUUCAUUUCAUUUUAUACUUGUCUGUAUUUAUUUAUUUAUUUUUUUUUUUAAUUUUUUUGGGCAGUGGGGGGUUGUUUGUUUUUGAAUGUCAGAAGAUGGCAAAACAUACCUCAUGUAGUUAAGAUAUUAAUUUGCUGGUUGAUAUCAUAAUGAGUGGUGUAUAUAACUGAUUGUUCCUAAGCAAUAUAUACUGUAAAUUGAUUUUCUCCUUAAUUUCAUAUUGUUACAUGCAUCGAUUUUUAUCUGAAAUCAACUUGUUUUGUGGAUAAUUUCUUUCCUGUUUGCCUUUUUAUUUCCGUUCUUCUCACACUUUCGUACUCCUUGGAUAUAAAUGGCUUUAGACUGUAAUUAGUAGCAGUGCUGUAGAAUGACAGAAGGAACCAAAGUCUGCAGUCAGUGAUGCUACAAGCUUGGUUUUAAGGAUGUAUGAAUAAUUUAUAAAGAAUGCUUUAUAGUCUAGAUCACUUACUGUAGAUUAUAUCAAAGGCUAAAACUCAUUUUGUCUCGCUCUUCCUCUUCUUCACUCAGAUUUGCCUGUUGUCUUCAGCUCUUGCCAUUUACCAGUCUUUCCUUUCUUGGCAUUAUGAUGUUCUCUGAUGUUGAUUUGUCCCAACUUUAAAAAAAAAAAAAAAGAUUUGGGGUGUCUGUCUGAUGUAUAAGCCAGAGCAAAUCUGUUUCUAUUGCGCGAGAGGGAUCUGUGAAAUCUGUUCAUAUUUCACUGUCUUCGGUACUGUAUUUUGCUGUACAGUCAAUUUUUCUUGUUAAAUCUUGCUGCUUUAAGAAUAAAUGAUCAAACUUU